ACAAAAGAAAGAAAUGGUGGACAUAAUUGUCAAGUUUGAAUAUGAUGUAAGUGAUUUUCAGAAUCAGAAUAGAAUUAAAUGAAAACAUUCUGCUAAAGGCCUAUGAUGCGCGAGACGGCAAGAGUGUAAAGGGAGGGGGGACUAGUGCCACCGCCUCCCAUUGACUAAAACAUCGUAUCGCAGUUUGAAUCUCUCAAUUAUCAACAGUAGUGAAGUGAAACAAAUCAAAGUGGUCUCAAAAGCUGCUACUCCUGCAACCCAUUCCGUACUAGUAGAGAGCUGUCAUCGGAAAAGGAGGUCUGCUGCGGAUGCUGGUGAGAUAACGUUGAUCUAAAUCUCCUUGCCUCCCUUCUGCGAGAGUCAACAACGGUGGCAUUCGCGCCCUGGAUGGCUGGCUUUGGCACUCCGUUGUGACAUUUAUUUUCCGAGGAUACUGACCUAAAAACUAAACUACAAUGACCGACCCAGCGGCUCAAGACUAUCCGGUCCCGGACCUCACAAUUGUAGAUCCCUCAGCUGUGCGAAACGGCCAGUGCGCUCCAGAUGGCAAUCUAUCCAAAAGACCGAGUCAAGCCGAUCCUUUUGGUAUGGACCGGGACCAAGAGAUGAAAAUCACCGACAGUGUUGAGGGUCAAGGUCUGCUGGAGAGCAGCAUGAGGCUGAAGCCCCACGAGGCCCAGAGCUACAGGAAGAAGGCCCUGUGGGUGUCCUGGGUCUCCAUCGUGGUCACCCUCAUCCUGGCAGUGGCAGCUUUCACUGUUUCAUUCAUGAGACACAGCGCGUCAGCCUUCGGAUUUGCUUUUGACGCUUCACUGGACGUGCUCUCAUCUAUAAUCGUGCUGUGGCGCUAUAGCAAUGCAGCUGCUGUGCAUUCCGCCCAUAGAGAAUACAUAGCAUGUGUGAUUCUUGGCGUGGUGUUCAUCCUCUCUUCCUUCUGCAUUCUGGGGAAGGCCAUUCAUGACCUGGCCACCAAACUACUUCCUGAAGUGGAUGACUUCCUCUUCAGUGUAUCUAUUGUCAGUGGGAUCUUAUGUAUUAUCCUCGCAGGGCUCAAGUUCAUGCUGGGAAGAGUGCUGACCAGUAGAGCACUUAUUACUGAUGGUUUUAACUCCAUGGUGGGAGGCACCAUGGGCUUCUCCAUCCUGGUCAGCGCUGAGGUCUUCCGACACCACCCCAACAUCUGGUACCUAGACGGCACCUUUGGAGUCCUCAUAGGACUGAUCAUCCUGGCCUACGGAGUCAAACUGCUGGUGGACAUGGUUCCACGUUUCAGACAGACCAGGAACUACGAACGCUUCGAGUGAUUCACACGACAGACGGGGAAGAUUGUCACCUGCACUCCUCUCGUCACACUGUCCUCCUGUCUUGCGCACACACACACACACACACAGUACAGGAAACAUACACACUCAGAUACACAGAGUACAGUACACACUUGAACACACAUGCAGCACACACACACACACAUACAGUACACACUCAAACACACUAACAAACACACAGACAAAGCACAAGCACACUCAUGCCUGGAGAGACUUGGAGGGCAAAUGUAAGGAACUACGUUUUUCUUGGUCCAUCUACUGUAAAAGCCAGCAAGUGAAAUCAAGCUUCCUCACCCCCCCCCCCCCCCCCAUCUGCUACUAUUUCUCCCCUCUCAACGUCUUCUGUCCAUCACAGCCACUGGAGAGAUCUCUGGAAGAGAGGGUGGAAGUGGAUGUAGAGAAAGAUGAGGUUGGAUGAUGAGUGAGUCACUGUUGGGGAUUGUUCCACACCCCUGCUGUUUAUAUAAAAAGCCUUUUGAUAUGAAGCUCAUUUGGUUCCCUCCAAAUUACAGAGAAAUUUGUGAUUUUUCUUCUAUGUGUCAUGAUAGAGAAUCCUGUGAUGAGAUCGUAACAACCCCAGCCUUGCUGGGUCAUUCAGUAAGGAGCCUUUCCAAAGAGUUAGUUCUCCUGGGACUGUGCUGGACUCAGCCCCUCUCAGAGGCUACAGGCCAAAGCUUCCAGUGCCAGACAUGUGGAAUAUCAGUUAUUUAUCAAUAUGUUUUGUUUAUUUGUUUACAAAGAUUUAUUUACAUCUUGUUUGAUAUGUUUACAGCACAGAGAUGAGGUACAUGAAUAUUGCUAUCCUGCGAUUUUUUCAACUAUAUUAAGAUACACAGUUUUUGGUUAGGCUAAUCUGUCUAGUGUACACACAAAGAAAUGUCAGUACAACAAUGACCUGACAUGCUUUUUUGAUUGAUUGAGUCAUGGCAGAUAUUUGUCCUGAAAAUCUGUUUUAUAAAUAUUUACCUUGGUAGUGUCUGGCUGCUACGCACAAACAGUCUUUAACAAGUCUUCGCAAGCACAACCACCCUGGCGUACUGUGCAGCACAUACCUUUGACUGCCCUGGUACCUGGAAGCAGAAUCAGCCCUCAAGUCAGACCAUUUAGAUCUUUCCCUCCAGUACUGUUUGCUUGCAUUUACUUUGAUGAAUAUGAAGCAGAAUCAGACAAUUUAAUUGUUUCCAAAUGUUGGUGUACAUAUAGGACAUAUACAUGUGUUUGAUAGACAGUAACAGUAGGUACAGUAGAGGCAGUCAUACAGUAGGUAGUGUGUACAGUACUGUCUAAAUGUGACUGGUUAAAAGCUUGUCAAUGUAGAAUUAGUUGAGAACUGGUAGCAAUGGUCAAAGUUACAGAUUCAAUAUUUCUAGUGUUGUUUGCUCUAAACAUAGAUUAUUAGAUUAUAUUGUCAUUUCUAUCCUUAAAUCUUUACACUGUAAGCAAAUCUCUUUUUUGAGUUGACGCACUGUAAAAUGAGUAACCUUUGAGAGUUUGUUUAUCUUAGAGAACCAGGAGUGUGAUUUGAUCACACUUCACUUUUCUCUACUCACCAACAGCACACAGAUUUGUACUGGUCCCUCCUGCCCAAACAAGACAAUCAUACAAGUGUAAACAGACAUCCAAUUAUAAGCACAUCUUUGACAUGCAAACUGUCAAUCUAGGCAGGGGGUCAGUUGCUAGGUAGUAGGUAGGGAUAUUUAUAACUAUAGAAAGAUUAGCAUGCUUUCUAUAAUAUGCCCAAAUGUUAUUGAACUAAUGUGUUUAAUCAAUUCAAAUUGAACUGUUGAUGAAAAAUGAAAUAUCACAUUUUGUCACUACCAUUCUAUUGAAAUUGGCACACUUCAGUGCAGAGUGCUGUUGCCAUGAAACAGGGGUCAGUGUGUGUGAAGACCCUCUCUAUGGAGUAAAAUCUGUAUAUUUUCAGCUGAACAUACUGUAGCUGUGAAAUUCACUGGUGUUAGAAGAAAUAUGUAUAUGGUGGAUAUCUCAUGUUUUAUUACGCCACUGAAUGACUGUGUUUCUCUGGAAUGUCACUAGAUGGCAGUGUUCCCAAAUGUAACUCUUUUCGCUCAGUGUACUUGUAAAACCACAUUUCAAAACUUGUUAAGGUAUUCUUACUUGAUGAAUACACUGGCCUACGUAUUAUACCUCACAAAGGCUUUGGAUUGAAGACAGACAGGGACACAUGAAAACAUAUGCGCUGUAAAGUAGGUGGGCAUAGACAGACACACCUGAUGACCUCACACAGUGCAGUGUCUUUGUGAGUAAACAUAGUACAAACUUUUUACUAGUCAUUACAUGAAAUUCUAUGAUAGCAAUGCUAACCUUUUUCAAUGCUUAGCUUUGCAUGGGCUGGCAGACCCAGACCUAAUACAAACUUUACAGCUUCCCAGAGCUUCUCCAAGAUGCAUUCACACAUAUACUUUCAAACUAUCUCUAUCUUCACACACACAUUGACACUUAAGAUAUACAAUAAGUCUCUGAACAACUUGAAAGUAGAACUAUUUGUGUGAUUGUAAAUAAUAAAAUUAUAUUACAAAUGAGGUAAAACUAGGUUAAUUUAUGUAUGACAGUGUGGAAGCUUCUUGUCAUUAAAGCAACGUUUAUUGAGUAAUAAAGAUAUAUCCUGCUUAA